UUACACUUAUUGUGGAUGUUGUGGAUCGUGUUUAUUUCAAACACUUUCAUUCAUUGCUUAGUAUUUUUACAUAGGUUGGCAGCUCGAGUUAAUAAAGCGCGUGAUUUGAACUUACUUUGACUAGUAUCAAAUAAAAGAAGAAAGCAAUAAAUAUUGUUUAUGCAAUAGGUGCAGUGUUGCUUAAAUGGGUUGGCAGCUCUUAUUUUUGAAUAUGAAUACAAGAAAUACGAAAGGAAAUACUUGUGCAAUCCAAAUAUUUAUUGAUCAACACUGCCUUUAUUUACACGGGAUGGCAGUUCUUUUUAUGAAGGCGCAUAUUUCAAAAUUACUUUGGAUAUUUUGAAAUGUAGGAAGUAAGCACUUAAAAUUGUCCGCCACACAAUAUACAUUUUACAUAGUGAAUUAGUGGCUUAUUGUGCUCAAGCUGAACGAAAUACGCCGCCAAGUUGAUGACUUUAUAACCCAAUUCAGCUGCUAAUUGGUGCGCAAAUAUUUACUUCGGUUGUGUCGAACACAAUUUCAUCGUCCGAUCAUUUUUGGUACUGGUAAAGAUCAUUCUUCAAGCGCUCUGUGCACUUCACAGACGACUGCCUUAGGAACUUAAGUAAUGCAUUUAGCAAGUUGUUUGCUGUUGCUCGUUUGGCUUGUGCCAUGGCUGGAAGCCUCCUACGAUGUGAUUUCGCCUGCCCAGAAUAUAACGGCUUACUUACAUGCACGACAGAAGCGCCAUCAGCUGGUCUACCACAAUGGAGGCAGUAUUCGCUUAGUAGUUGGUCCCGUCAUGGCUGUUGAGCUACAAGAUCCUGUCGUUUGGCGCAGCAUGGUCAACUUUUAUACACUACACUUUGGGGCAUAUACAUUGCCCUCAGCGCCGCUCUACCCAUGGGAUAAAUGGGAGUCCAUAUUUGCCAGAUCGCUGAACGAUAAGAUACGUCAGCUGGACGCAUCUCAUGAUGACGACACGCGCCUUUUUGCAUAUACCGCGCUGGAGCAUUACAUGGACAAUGAGAGCGGUGUCCUGGGUCGCGGUCACCAGUGCCUGCUACGUGCAAUGUGUGAGAAUGCGCAAGUGCAUCAUCAUGUGGGAAUCAUGGCCGAGCUUCUAAAUGUGCUACUCACUCCAGGAAAGGCGCGACUCGAGGAGGCCUAUAAGGAAGCCCACGCUGCGGGCCUAGCUGGUGUAGAUUGUUGGGAGCUGUUCCAUGAAUGUCCCCGAGGUGCGAGUGCUCUGGAUGCUUUUACUGUGGAUGUAAAUGACUAAACUUGCAACUGCAUUUUGGCUAAGCGGGCUGAGCCAAAAGGCAAUUGAAUAUAAUCAACGAUUUGAUUAAAAAUUAAUCUUAAAAAAAUGUCUGAA